AUGCCGGAAAUCUACGACCCCUUCGCCUACAACCAGGAUCGCGUCUUCUUCCACACGUUUGAGCUCGAGGACUGCCUCGCCGGCCUGUCGUUUGCCGACGAGAAGGAGGCUAGGACCUUCAAGAAGAAGCUCGACGACCGCGAAAAGAACGCACACAAGAACACCAAGAGCAAGCCCUUUAGCGUGCCCGCCGGAGGCAGCGGAGGUGCAGCCAACGGAAACAGUGGCCAUGGCCACGGCCACGGCCAUGGUCUUCUGGGUGGCAUCUUCGGACACCGCAAUUCGUCGCCCGCCGCUCCGCCCGCGCAUUCCAUCAUCCCGCCCGCCAGCGUCACGUCGCCCGUGCAAAGCAGCCACUCCAACGCAACGAGCGCGCGCAGUUCCGCAAUCGAUACCACGGACCCCUCAUGGCAGCCGCUGCUCAAGGAACUGCUGGCCAUGGGCAUCACAGAAGACCAGAUUGAAGAGAAUGCCGAUUUCAUCAAGCUGUACAUUGAGCAGAGAAAGUCGGAGGAGAAGCUCAAGGAAGACAACCAGCGCAGGUCCAGGGCUCCUCCGCCGCCUCCGCCCAGUGCGCCUCCAAUGGCUUCGUCUCUCAGUCCCCAAAAUACGGGCAGCACCUCCUCGUCGAGACGCGGACCUCCGCCAGCUCCUCCGCCAGCGCGCCGCACGAGACACGACACAUCAGUCAAUCGCAACUCGUCGGGCAGUCCAGCGCCGCCAUCGCCAACUCGAGAAGCCACGCCGCCCCCAGGACCGCCCAAGCCCGUCUUCCGAGCGCCUCCGCCUAUUGCAGAUGCAGGCAAGUUUGCGAACCAGCCUGCACCCAACAGACCGCGCGCCUCGUCCAACACCGCCAACCCCGGCCCUCCACCACCACCGCGACCGCCAAAGACACCCGUGCCCGACGAGGAGAGGUCAGCCGGAGCCAAGUUUGGCGUACCUCCACCUUUUACAGGAAACCGCGUACCUUCAGCGCCGCCGCCGCCUCCUCCGAGCCGAGGACCCGUACCACCGCCGCCCCCAGCGAGAGACACACCGUCAGCUCCUCCUCCGCCUCCACUUCCCCCAAAGACUUCAGCAGCACCGACUCCACCUCCGAUUCACAAUAUCCCUCCUCCGCCGCCGCUACCGCCCGCUUCAUCCCGUCCAGCGCCUCCUCCGCCGUCAGGAGCAGCACCCGUUCCACCGCCUCUACCUCCGACAUCAAAUGUAGCGCCUCCGCCACCGCCUCCGCCGCCUCCACCCAUGCCAGGACGAGCAAUUCCUCCGCCUCCGCCCAUGCCCACCAGUGGUGCGCCGCCAGCGCCGCCCCCGCCGCCUCCUCCUAUGCCAAGCAGCGGCGCACCCCCAGCGCCACCCCCAAUGCCUCCAACCAGUGGACCUCCCGGACCACCACCUCCUCCGCCACCGGGUGGUGCACCGUUACCCAAACCCGCAGGUGGUCGAGAUGGAUUGCUAGCGGAUAUCCGUGGAGGAGCAAGAUUGAGAAAGGUUGCAGAUUCGGAGAAGAAGGAUCGCAGCGGGGCAUCAGUGCCUGGAAAAGAACCGCCCGGUGGUGCGGGAGGCGGUUCAGCCUCAGCUGGUGGAGAAGCUGGCCUGGCUGGAGCAUUGGCCAGCGCACUUGCGGCACGGAAGUCCAAAGUUAGUCACAGCGCUCCAGACGACGAGUCAGACAAGGAGGACUGGUAAAUGAAGCGACUGCAUCAUGUGCCAAACCAAACCCCCCAUACAGAGCGCCGAGUCGAUGGCCACGUGUUGCAUGGCUGGACCAUCAGGCAGAUAUAGUUGUACGACGAAAUGAGCGGAAAAUCAGCCACAAGGCGUACAAUGGAAGAAGUGGAUUUUGGUAGAGAUGGCGGACAGAGGGGACAAAGGGAAGGGGACGCAGGGGUGUGAUUGGCUAGCGUGAGUGAUAGCGACAGUGAUAGCGACAGCGAUAGCGAUAGUGAUAGUUGGCACCAAGAAUGAACAAGAUAUAUUC